AUGAUCGAUAUGACCGCAAGCCACGAUGACAACCGACCGACGCGACACAUUGAGCCUCUCAAUGUCGAGGACGCCGCGCAAGAAUUUGAGCUGACUGGCCUCAAGCUGAUUACAGUCAUAUCUGGAUUGGUGCUUGCCAUCUUUCUGGUAUCGUUAGACUCUGCCAUUGUCGCGACAGCUAUCCCGUAUGUGACGGCGGAAUUCAAGUCUGCUGGCGACACUGCUUGGUAUGGAAGCGCAUACACUCUUGCAACUUGUGCUCUGCAACCGAUCGCCGGCAAGCUGUACGCCAAGUUUUCAAUCAAGACAAUGUUCCUCGUGUUCAUGGCACUAUUCGAAAUCGGUUCCCUAGUAUGCGCUACAGCUCCGAACGCUGUCGGGUUGAUUGUUGGAAGAGCGAUCGCUGGAGCUGGAGCUGCUGGUUGCACGACUGGCGCUUUCUCGAUCGUCGCGAUCUCUGUCCGCCUUCCACGACGAACCACAUAUCUCAGCGCGUUGCAGUCGACUUUCGGUAUCGGCAUCAUGCUGGGACCACUUCUCGGCGGAGUUUUGACACAACGCGUUACCUGGAGGUGGUGCUUCUACAUCAAUCUUCCCAUCGGCGCUGUCACUGUUUUAUUCCUGGUCUUGUUCUUCCAUCCGCCGGCAGCAAACAGAACAAAUACUUCCGUGCAGAAGAUGGCAAGUCUUGAUCUUUUUGGUCUUCUGUUGUUCGCACCAGCCACUAUUAUGAUGCUUCUCGCCCUUCAGUGGGGCGGCCUGAUUUAUGCCUGGGGAAGCGCUACCAUCAUUGGGCUUUUUGUUGGCGCGGCAGUCCUCACAGCCAUCUUUGCUUUCUGGCAGAGACACAAAGGCGAUGACGCUAUGAUACCUCCCAAGCUUUUCACUCAACGCGUCGUCUUCUUCGCUUGUCUGACUGAACUCUUCGCGAUGGGUACUGUUUAUGUCGCUACAUAUUACCUGCCUCAAUGGUUCCAAAUUGUCAAGGGCGUUUCUCCCAUCAAAUCUGGCGUCAUGUACUUACCACUGUCAAUGUCGGAUGUCGCUUCUGCCUUGAUGGUUGGCAUACUCCUACCUUAUGUUGGUCUUACGAACCCGUUCAUUCUGGCUGGCACAACUUUACUGGCUGUUGGAUCUGGUCUUUUGUCUACACUCAGCACAUCUUCAGGCAGUCAAUACUGGAUACCUUAUCAGAUCCUUCCUGGCAUGGGUGCUGGAAUCACACUCUGGAUGCCAUACGUAGCUAUCCAAACGGUCUUGAAACCUGAGAAUAUCCCUGUGGCCACCGCCCUGCUGCAGUUCUUCCAGUCUUUUGGUGCAGCACUGUUUCUGGCUCUUGCACAAGCUGUUUUCUCCAGCAUCUUCAGUGCUUCUCUCAAAUCUGCUGAUAUUGUGGGCUUGGAUGUAUCGGUCAUCGUGCAUGCAGCUCCUGCGGAUUUCAGAAAACUUGUUCCGAAGGAUGAUCUUAAGCAAGUGUUGCAUGCGUACAAUCAGGGAGUCACGAGUACAUUUUAUCUUGGAGCGGGAUUGGCUGCGGCGGCUUGCUUUGCGAGCUUUGGUAUACAGUGGAAGAGCUUUAAACCCAAGGGUGAUUGA